GGGGAGGAGCCUCUUCUAGAGUUGAGAGAAGCCAGGCUGGGGUUUCCCUAAAGGCAGCUCCUGACGACUCCUGGGACCACAGCCGAGACGUAGGGUGGCUGGAGGGAAGUGAGGGGCAAACUCAGCCUGGGCCUGGCUGGGAAAGAACCUCCGCCACCCCCUCCCCUGGACCACUGACAGCCAUGGCCACGGCCCAACAGCUGCGUGCUGAGAGCGACUUCAACCAGCUUCCCGACGACAUUGCCACCUCAGCCAACAUCGCCGACAUCGAGGAGAAGAAAGGCUUCACCAGCCACUUUGUUUUUGUCAUCGAGGUGAAGACGAAAGGGGGGUCUAAGUACCUCAUCUACCGCCGCUACCGCCAGUUCUACGCCUUGCAGAGCAAGCUGGAGGAGCGCUUCGGGCCGGAGAACAAGGCCAGCCCCUACACCUGCGUCCUUCCCACGCUCCCAGCCAAAGUCUACGUGGGUGUGAAACAGGAGAUUGCCGAGAUGCGGAUACCCGCCCUCAACGCCUAUAUGAAGCACCUCCUCAGCCUGCCCAUCUGGGUGCUGAUGGAUGAGGACGUCCGCAUCUUCUUCUACCAGUCGUCCUAUGACGCGGAGCAGGUGCCCCAGGCUCUCCGACGGCUCCGCCCGCGCACCCGGAAAGUAAAGAGCACGUCCCCACAAGGCGCCGGCUUUGAUCGCAUGGCAGCUCCACGAGCGGAGGCCCUGUUUGACUUCACUGGGAACAGCAAACUGGAGCUGAAUUUCAAAGUUGGAGAUGUGAUCUUUCUUCUCAGUCGGAUCAACAAAGACUGGCUGGAGGGCACUGUCCGGGGAACCACAGGCAUCUUCCCGGUGUCCUUUGUGAAGAUCCUCAAGGACUUCCCGGAGGAGGAGGACCCCACCAACUGGCUACGCUGCUACUACUAUGAGGACACCAUCAGCACCAUCAAGGACAUCGCAGUGGAGGAAGACCUCAAAAGCACCCCGCUCUUCAAGGACUUGCUGGAGCUCAUGAGGCGGGAGUUCCAGAGGGAGGACAUCGCCCUCAAUUAUCAGGAUGCCGAGGGGGAUCUGGUUCGGCUGCUAUCAGACGAGGAUGUGAGGCUCAUGGUGAAGUGGACCCAAGGUCUCCCCUCCCAGAAGCACCUCUUCCCCUGGAAGCUGCAUAUCACCCAGGAGGACAACUACAAGGUCUACAACACGGUCCCCUGAGCCAGCGGCAUCCCUGGGGCAGUGAGGGGACACCUAGCAAAGAGCCCUCGGAGAGGAUUAAGACCAAGAAAGGCUGGGAGCACGGGACACACUUCCUGGUUCUGCACCAGAUGGACCUACUGGCCUCGGCUUGUACCAUCUCUACAUUUGGUCUCUGAAUUAAAUAAACCAUUUCAUCUCAAAGUGC